CGAAGGAUCUCCUUCCAAUCAUGUGCGGCCGCUGGUAGGGCGGGGCUUUGCAGCAGCCGCAUGUAUGACUUAUUAUUACACAACCAACAGUUUGGAGUCGGCUCCAGAGCAUUGUCCGUUUCCAGCUUUGUGAUCAUUCUUUGACCGCAAAGAUGGCCGCUUCGCUCCUUCGGAUAGGACGACUUGGCUCUCUCAAGUGUCUGCAGCAGCAGAGCUGGAGCUCUAUCAGAAGGACACCUGUGGCUGCUCUGUCCACAAAAUUGGGAGAGCUAAAAAAAACAGCCCGAGAGACAAGCUUCCCAAAGGUCCAGGACGGAACCUCCCAGGGCGCGGUGCGGCUCCUGCAGCUCCGGCUGUACUCAGAUUUACCCACGAGUGACGCCAAGCCCACCGAGGCUGCCGCAGCUGAAGCUGCCACUGCCGCACCCAUCUCCGAGUCUGUCCCCACUGCCGCCGCUGCCCCGGACGUCUCUGCAGCUGCCCCGGAAGUUGCUCCAGCUGCCCCGGAAGUUGCUCCAGCUGCCCCGGAAGUUGCUCCAGCAGCUCCAGAAGUAGCCGCGGCUGUGCCAGAUGGCGCUCCAGAAGUUGUGGCUGCUGCCCCAGAAGUUGUUGCCGCCCCGCCUGCAGCUGAAAUAGCCUCUGAAUCUGGAGCGGGAGAUGCAGCUGCACCAGCUAUAGAAGCUGUUCUAGAGGCGUCUGCCGUGGAUGUUGCUGCUGAAGCUGUAGCGCCUACUCCAGAGCAUGUGCCUACAGCUGAGGCUACUGCAGAACCUGCAGCUGAAGCUGUUGCUGCUGCAGAACCUGCGGCUGAAGCUAUUGCAGCAGAACCUGCAGCUGAAGUUGUGGCAGAAGAACCUGCAGCUGAAGCGGUUGCAGCAGAACCUGCAGCUGAAGCUGUUGCAGCAGAACCUGCAGCUGAAGCUAUUGCAGCAGAACCUGCAGCUGAAGUUGUGGCAGCAGAACCUGCAGCUGAAGCUGUUGCAGCAGAACCUGCAGCUGAAGCUGUUGCAGCAGAACCUGCAGCUGAAGCUAUUGCAGCAGAACCUGCGGCUGAAGCUAUUGCAGCAGAACCUGCGGCUGAAGCUGUUGCAGCAGAACCUGCAGCUGAAGCUGUUGCAGCAGAACCUGCAGCUGAAGCUGUUGCAGCAGAACCUGCAGCAGAACCUGCAGCUGAAGCUAUUGCAGCAGAACCUGCAGCUGAAGCUGUUGUAGCUGCAGAACCUGCAGCUGAAGCUGUUGUAGCUGCAGAACCUGCGGCUGUGGAACCUGCAACAGAGGCCCCAGCUGAAACCGUGUUGGCUGACGCUCAUCUGGACCCGAUACAGAAACUCUUUCUGGACAUGAUCCGAGAGUACGCCGCCCAGAGCAAGAGCACAGGUGGUCUGGUGGACGCAGGUCCAGAGUACCAGAAGAACCUGUCUGAGGAGAUUACCAAACUGCAGCGGCUCUACGGCGGUGGUGACCUCACCAAAUUCCCAGACUUCAAGUUCUCGGAGCCCAAGCUUGAUGAAGUGGCCCCGAAAUGAGCAUUGUCAAUCAG